CAGUCCUAGAUUGGUGAGGGGUUACAAAAACAACAUUCAUUUCUAGAUUGUAUAUUUGAUAGAACUGGUUUGUAUUUGAUGCAUAACCUGGGAAGAGCCUGAUGGAGCUUAAAUACAAUGUAUCACUGAUAACUCUUGACGGAUUCAUACAAAUAGAAAAAUACAGGGUUUUGUAUUUUCUGAUUGUAUUUACUGUAUUUAUCCUAAUACUUCUCUGUAACUGUACAAUUGUUUUUAUCAUUGUUGCUAAGAAAAGCCUUCAUGAGCCCAUGUACAUUUUUAUUGCAGCUUUGUUAACAAACUCUCUUAUGUUUAGUGCUGCUGUCUACCCAAAGCUUCUGGUUGACAUUUUAUCUAAGCGGCAGACCAUAACGUAUUAUACAUGUUUUUUUCAACAUGGUGUGUAUUACUCUUUGGGUGCAUCCGAAUUUUUGCUGCUGACAGCCAUGUCCUUUGACCGGUAUGUGUCUAUAUGUAAGCCUCUGCAAUAUCCAAGUCUGAUGAGCAAAAGAAGGGUGACUGCUAUGCUGAUGCUAUCUUGGCUCUGGCCUCUUCUUCAACUCAUGGUGGCAAUUUCAGGAAAAGUAAUCAUUAAUCAAAGGCCCUGCAGCUUCAGCCUGGAGGCAAUCUUCUGUAACACUGAACUUCAAAAACUUUUAUGUAUAAAAUUAGAAGAAUUUGCUGUGUUAGACAUGAUGAUUCUGAUCAAUGUUGCCCUCUUGCCUGCACUUUUCAUUCUGUUUACAUACAUAAGAAUACUGAUCAUUUCAUAUCAAAGUUCUAAAGAAAUCAGAAGUAGAGCUGCACAGACCUGUUUACCUCAUGUGUUAGUUUUAGUAAACUUUUCAUGUCUGGGUUCUUUUGAGGUCAUUAUAGGUUUUUUUGGGUCUGGAUAUCCAAAAGCUUUGCGCUUAACAGUGAUGUUACAGAUUAUAAUAUAUCAGCCCUUGUUUAACCCAACCAUAUAUGGGCUGAAAAUGAAACAAAUUUCCAGACAUGUCAAAAUGCUUUUCUGCCCAGAUAAAAAGUCUCAAGUGAUCAUUUGA